CAGCUGGACCCACAACACAGGCUGUAAUCGCCUCUACAGUGACAUGAUCAGGCUGUGUCCGUCUCCUCCUCCUCCAUUGGUGCAUGUAUCUGAGGAGCCAUCACCAUCUUCCCCCAGCCAUGUCCACAAUAACCAGCAGGAUCAGGAGGCUGAUAUGGCUUGUCAUCUCUACGCCGUCCCCAAUGGCCUUGAGGCAAAACUGGGAUCGCGGCGAGGCAGAUGCACUGACCACCUCCAGGCCGACUUCGUUCGCUAUGAUGUCUAAGACCCCGUCCACCACGUCUGCAGCCUCUGUAACCUCUGCAACGUCUGCAGCCUCUGUAACCUCUGCAACGUCUGCAGCCUCUACAGACAGCAAAGGUGGCAAAUCCCGGAAGACUUCGUCCUCAGGCUCGGAGUCGGCUCCCAAGAAGGUGUCUAAGAAAGAGCAGAAGAGGAAAGACAUGGAGAAGAUACACACCACCCUGCUCAGCAGCGUGUUUGGAGCGGAGAGGGAGUUGGCCCAAGCAGAGUUGGAUGAGCUGGACUUUGCCUUCAAGGAGUUUGACUACGACUGUGACGGCUACCUGAACUACAAGGACGUAGCUGAGUGCAUGAGGACCAUGGGCUAUAUGCCCACUGAGAUGGAGCUGCUGGAGAUAGUGCAACAGAUCAAGAUGAGGAUGGGCGGUCUGAUGGACUUUGACGAUUUCUGUGAGCUGAUGGGUCCCAGGAUAAUGGGAGAGACAGCAGACAUGCUGGGGCUGAAAGAGCUCAGGUCCGCCUUCUCACAGUUUGACCAGGACUGUGAUGGGAAGAUCAGCCAGGAUGAGAUGAAGGAGGCGGUGAAGAGUCUACUGGGGGAGAAACUGAAGAAAGGAGAGCUGGAAGAGAUACUCAAAGAGAUAGACAUCAACGGAGACGGAAGCAUCGACUUUGAUGAGUUCGUCAUGAUUUUGUCCAUUCGGUAA